AACUCCUGCAGCAGAUUCUCAUUGCCUUCUUCACCAGCAAAAAUGAAUAACUCGAGUGAACAUCCCCCACAGCAAGCUGAACCCAAUAUGGGGUGGGAUGAUUUCUUCAAUGGUCUUUCAACAUCAGUUUGCUCACCUCUCUCUCCGAACACUUUUAACGCAAUGCUGUCGGAAUUCAACACAGAAUGCCACUCACAACCAGCCGCCCUCUCAGGGCUUGGGAUUGAAUAUCAAUCACAACCAGCAGCGGCGCCUGAGACCCCUCGGAACGAUCCCCCCACACCACCUGUUCUCAGCGAGAACCAAGAGCUUCAGCAACAGAUCCAAAAAUUGAAGACAGAAGUAUUCUUGCUCAAAAGCGAGAACCAAGAGCUUCAGCAACAGAUCCAAAAACUGGAGACAGACACUGGAAAAGAACUUGAAAAGUACGUGGCGGAACUUAUACCUUGGACGAAAGAGGUCAUAGAGGGGUUUCGAAAGCUAGGGGUAGAGCCACAGUCAGCAACCCUGUCGUUGGCGUCUUUACAUGCUUGCAUCCUCCUCACAAAUCAUGAUGAACUUGUGCACGAUGAAGAGUUUGAUGGCAAGAGCCCGCAUAAUCAUGGGCUCUCAUUUUCUCUUUCUCCAGCUGAGUUAAUCAGUAUGCCUGUUUGGAUGGCGGUUGAGGGUGAAUCUGAUGCACCUCUUGCCUAUGCUGAAUACUUCAAUAUUUUAAGGACAAUUCCUCUCCCUGAACUCGACAGCCAGCAGCUGGACUUCCUUCUCCUAUGUUGCCUUGUUCCGGGUUCAAUACCAUUGCAGGACAUCAACAUCUCAAGGCUGAAAGCAGAGUCGCUCAAGCCAGGGCGAAGAUCCAGGAGGGCGCAGGCAGAAGCUUCGGGGUCAGAGACCCGGCCCCAGUCAAUCACCCGUCCCUCCAUCAAGUCCCUCCCCUUGCAUGAACUGAUCCAGCAAGUGGGAGUGCUGGGAAACAUUACACCUGCCGCCAAAAUGACACUCGAUGAUUCAAUUCUUCGUACCAUGCUUCAGCGACCCAACGAAGUCAGGGAGCCAGAUUCCCCACAGAUUGUUGGUCGCAGCAAUAGGUUGGCCUGCCUGCAUCUCAUCUAG